CCAUAAUAUAUACAUAGGUCAUCAUGUCAAGCGGCAACAAGGGUGCAACCAAGGGCACAGGUGAGUAAUCCGAGACGAGAUGAAUGCCGUUCGAUUCGAUCAUUGCGACUGGUUCGAUCUUUGUGUGAGAAGAGAGAAGAGAAGUAGGGGAUGGGAUGAUGUGAAAGGGAAGGAAUUUGUGAUAAUAUUCAGUACGACAUCCAAAAUAUACCAUCAACGCACACUUUCGCGACCAUGUACACCAAUAGACUCCAACUCGGCAUAUCAAAACGACAUACAUCAGUACACUUUGUCGAAUUCGAACAGCAUUCAUCCAAUUCCAGCUUCCUACGAAUGACAUGCUGACCAAAUCUUCCUUUGAUUCUAUCUCUUCAGCCGAAGGUAAGGCUAAGGCUAAGCCACAAGCCAUCAAAGCUGCCGCCGCCAAGAAAGCAGCUUUGAAGGGAACCAACGGACAAAAGAUCCGUAAGGUCCGUACUUCAGUUACUUUCCGUCAACCAAAGACAUUGCGUUUGUCACGUAACCCCAAGUACCCUCGCAAGUCUAUCCCCCAUGCACCUCGCAUGGACGCAUACAAGACAAUCUUGUACCCUCUCAACACAGAAUCCGCCAUGAAGAAGAUUGAAGAGAUCAACACCCUCGUCUUCAUCGUUAACCGCACAUCCAACAAACGUCAAAUCAAGGGCGCAAUCAAGACAUUGUACGAUGUCGAAGCAGAGAAGAUCAGAACAUUGAUCCGACCUGACGGAAAGAAGAAGGCUUACAUCAAAUUGACACCUGAUCAAGAUGCUCUUGAUGUUUCCAGCCGCGUUGGAUUGCUUUAAUUUUGGUCAAUUCGGUAGAUUCUUUCACGACAAUGAUUAUUUCGUCUAAUUGACGAUCUACAUACACAUAGCAACCAUUUGGAAGCGAUCAAUUGUUGUUACUCAAGGUUUCAGUAAUUUCUUUCUUAUGAUUUGCAAUUUGCAUCAUUCGACUCACAUCAUCACACAUUCAUGUAUGCG